AUGAAAUUUUCAGUAGGCAGCGGUCAAGAGAAGAGUCCUCUCUCACUUUUUUGGCUCCCGGAUCUGAACAUGGAGAGGCCGCCGGAGAGAAGAGAGUCCUCUCUCACAGAAGAGAGAGCUGUUGCUUGGAUUUUCAUGGUAGUGAAGCCGGAGACAGCGCCGCGUCGCCGGCCGCGACCGUCCAUGAUGCUCGUCAAGGUGUCGGGGCUCCCCUUCUGUUAUGACGCCGACAUCUCGAUCAAGGAGGCCCUCGGCUCCCUCAGGUUCAUCACCGCCACCGACGACCUCGGCAACGAGGUCUGCGCCGCCCCGAUGAAGGCCCUGCCAUUGUACAGAUUAAGGGAGAAUUCUUGUGGAUGA